AUGCCCAGGCUGGUGGCACAGGGCAGCUCCCUGAGACGUGAUCCUCCACUCGUAGCUCAGGGCAGAAAGAAGAGCCCAGACCUUGGGGAAUAUGAUCCCCUCACUCAGGCUGACAGUGAUGAAAGUGAAGAUGACCUGGUACUCAACAUCCAGAAGAAUGGGGGGGUCAAGAACGGGAAGAGUCCUCCUGAGGAGGUGCAGGACCCUGACUCCGAUGUGGAGGUUGGGAUGACAAAGCAGCACACAUCAGACAGCGCACCUGAGGGUUAUCCUGCAGAAACAGCUGGGAGUUUGGAGCAGAAGGCUGCUCCCUCCCUCAUGCCAUACCUGCGCACAGCCAUCUUUUUGCUCACUGUGGUGAUCUCAAUGAUUCUUGUGUUGGUGUGUGCAUUUCUAAUUCCCUGUCCCCCUAGAGACUUGCAUAACACCUGGAACCGCAACCUAGGUCAGGGAGCAGGUGGUGUGUUAUCCCCACUGGAGCUGUGUGAUGUGAACGGUGAUGGGCUCCCUGACAUCCUCAUUGUCUUCACUGCCUUGAUGAACGCUAGUGUCAUGGGUGUUUCUAGGCCUUCUGUAACUGUGGUGGCCCUUUCUGGUAUGAACGGCAGCACCUUGUGGUCCAUCCAGCUUCCAGAGGAGACUCGGAGUGUGCAGUGCAAAGGGCUGUCACUGGGGGCAGCCGCAGGGCCCGUCUGCCUUGUUACAGGAACAUCAAAAUUCCUCAGCCUUCUCAGUGCUUCCACAGGCAAGACCAUCUGGACGCUGAACUCCAUCCACCUUUCAAGUGGGAUCCUGGCUGCACCAGCUGCAACUCUUCCAGAUGUAGAUGGAGAUGGGAUUAGGGAUAUAGUUGUUCUGGCUCUCAAAGAGACACAGCCUGAUGUGUUUUUCAUCUUGGUGUCAGGAAAGACUGGGACUGCGUUGGGUGGGCCUGUGAAGUACAGAACCAAUGGAGAAGGGAAAGUGAUUGGCCCCCAAGUCCACAUCACCAGCCGAGGAGCCAUCUACAUCCUGUUUGGUUUUGGUAAUGUUCAAGCAGUUGCCCUAAGGGAUAUCUUUACCCAAGCCAGAAACCGGGACAGCUUUCCUGCAAUGCUGCAGCAGGAGGAGCCAGAGUGGGAAAAGCGCAGAUCUGUCAACCUGUCAGAACUCAUUGACAUUUACAGUGGUGGUGUUGACUUCCUGCAGAUGAUGAAGACACCUGACACAAACUGCAGCAACCUGCUCAUCACAACUAAAGAGGGCUUGAUCCUGCUGCAGGGACAGGACCUGGAGCCCUUCUGGACCCUGGAAUUGCAGAACAUCAGCAGCCAGCCUGUACCUGGUUACUUCAGUGCUGACCAAACUCUGGACUUCAUGUUGCAAGCACAGACUGGAGAUGGGAACAAAAAGGUGGUAGUGGUAGAUGGCAAAUCUGGCCUCCCUGUUUGGAACCAGGAGCUCCCAUGGCAGAAGCAACAACUGGAUGCACUAUCGGUCAUGACUUUGGAGAAGAAGUCCGUUUUUCUCUUCUGGGCAAAUGAAGCACAGCCUGUGUUACAAAGUUUGCAACCUGGUCCCAGACCUGAGCGCCCUGUGCUGCACCAUCUCUAUCUCCUCCAUCCAGUUUUUCCUACAGUCCUUUUGGACCUCACCAAUGCAACAGACAAAGUCAUUGCUUCAGCAGUUGGAAUUAAUGAUCUCCAGAAGGAUGCAUUUCACAUCACUGUGACAACAACUGCAACCUCUGAAAAGCAGCCAGGAUUUCUCUCGGUCAGCAAGCUGAGCCUGAAGUGGGCCAUGAUGAGUCAAGGUCGAAUGGUGUGGCUGAAGGACACCACCACUCCCAAAAUCAGCCGUGGAGAAGUAAGGCGAUUUCUUGCCCGGCUGAAAUUUGUUGACUUUCCUCAAAAGCUCUAGCCUGGUGGUGCCUGAGAUUUUGGUUGGACCUGCAGCCUGUAUGUGGAAUACAGGAAUCUGCUCUGUGGAUCUUCAGGAAAACUGCUGUGUAGAGGGAAUGGGGGCUAAAAGCACUUGCCCUUUCUUCAGCCCUCUGGGGAAUGAAUGCUGCUGGAGGCAGGUUUUUCCUAGGCAGACCUGUGCUCUACCAGAGGAACCUUGUUGAGAGUCUCCUCCUCCAUAUGCUGUUCUUGCAUGCUUCCUUCCAGGUAACACAGAAAUGUGAAUUUAGGAUUUAUAUACAUAUAUAUAUAUGACCAGGUUUUAUAUAUAUAUGUAUCAAUUUAUACAGUAUAUGUAUAUUUUUUGUAUGUUUAAUUUAUGAAUGAGAUUUUAUGUCCAAGCAGUAUUCCCAGGCAGUCAAACAAGCUCUAGGCCUUGAGUG